AUGGCCAAAAGUACGGCGAAACGGACUCGCAAAUUCGAGAAGAACCAUCUCAAGGAUACGCUCGAGAAGCGCAAGGCUGGCGCGAAGAUCAAGCAGCGCAAUCAGGUCAAGGCCAAGCGACAAGCUCGCAAUGCGAAGGACGCAGAAUUUGAAGGCAAGGGCGGGAAGGACGAGGAGAAGGACGGGAAGAAGCCUGCGAAGGAGGAUCCAUUUGGGAAGAUGAACGUGGACGACUUCUUUCAAGGCGGGUUCGAGAUCCCGGAAAAGCUUGCGAAGAAAUCGAACAAGAAAGCUGCGACGGAGAAAUUGGGAAAGAGGAAACGAUCCGAGCCUGAGGUGGAGGGUGACGAUGACUCUGACUCUUCGGAGGCCGAGCUUGAGGAGGCGCCUGUCAUGAGCGAUAGUGAUGAGGGGAGUGAGGCCGAAGACGAUGUUGGGAUGAGCAAAAGUGCUAUGGAGGCAUUGGCAAGCAAAGACCCAGAUUUCUACAAAUAUUUGAAGGAGAACGACCCCGAGGCUCUCGAUUUCGACGAUGAUGAUAAUCUCUCGGAGGUCGAUGCGCUGAGUGGGAGCGAGGACGAGCAGCCAAAGAAGAAACAGAAGAAGUCCAAGAAGAAGAUUGUAGUCGAGGAAGUCCAAGAGAACGAUGCCUCCGCAUCAGAAGCUGAAGAUGCUUCAGACCUCACGAAAGAGAUGGUAGAAAAAUGGACAAAGGGAAUGAAGGACCAGUACUCGCUACGGGCAAUGCGACAAGUUGUACUUGCAUUUAGAGCAGCUGCACAUGUCAAUGAGGAUGAUGGCAAGGAGUACAAAUAUACCAUCUCAAACUCCGAAGUCUACCAUGAGUUGCUGGUCACGGCCCUCAAAUACGUCCCCGAGGUCCUCAACCAUCAUCUACCCGUCAAAGAGACAGCCGCUGGAAAGGUCCGAGUCUCAACAGAUUCGAAGAAGUUCAAGACCCUGACCGCCCUCCUCAAAUCCUAUACAUCCUCCAUACAUCACCUUCUUACCGUUCUGUCCGAUGCUUCGACACUCAAGCUCGCGCUUUCUUCGGUCACCCCGCUUCUCCCAUAUCUGCUCUCGUUCAAGAAGGUCCUCAAAAAUAUUGUCAAGACUGUUGUCAAUAUCUGGUCAGAUGUUUCAAGCGACGAAGCUACGCGUAUCACGGCGUUCUUGGUCCUGCGAAGAUUAACAGUGAUUGGAGAUCCAGGCUUGCGAGAAGCCGUUCUGAAAACUGUCUACCAGGGAUUGAUCAAGGGUAGCCGAAGUACAACCGUACACACCAUCCAAGGUAUCAACUUAAUGAAAAAUUCAGCGGCGGAGCUCUGGGGCAUUGAUACAGGUGUCGGAUACGCUACUGGGUUCACUUUUAUUCGCCAACUCGCCAUUCAUCUCAGAAGCAGCAUCACGAACAACCAGCAAGAAUCGUACAAGACGGUCUACAACUGGCAAUACGUGCAUUCUCUGGACUUCUGGUCUUGCGUCCUGUCGGAACACUGCAGCCCUGUGAAGGAAGCCGAGAAUGGCAAGGAAUCCGAGCUGCGGUCCCUGAUCUACCCGACUGUGCAAGUUACACUCGGAGCUAUGCGCCUAAUCCCAACUUCUACCUACUUCCCUCUGCGCUUCCACCUAAUGCGAUCGCUUCUCAGACUAUCCCGCGCAACCGGCACAUAUAUUCCUUUAGCAUCGGCAUUACUUGAAGUCCUCAACUCGGCUGAGAUGAAGAAACCCCCCAAGGCUAGCACGCUCAAGGGUCUAGACUUCACCUCCAAUUACAAGGCACAGAAGUCAUACCUUCGUACGCGAGUAUACCAAGACGGCGUUGGCGAGCAAGUCUGCGAGCUCCUCUCCGAAUUUUUUGUCCUCUGGUCUACCAACAUCGCCUUUCCCGAACUCGCCUUACCAGUAGUAGUAAUGCUGAAGCGCUGGUUGAAGGAUGCGAGCAACAAGGCGACGGGAAACAAGAACAACAAGGUCAAUUCUGCCUUCGUCCUCCUGCUGCAGAAAGUUGAAGCAAACGCCAAGUUCAUCGAGGGCAAGCGGGCCAAGGUCGAAUUUGCGCCGAACAAUAGGGCUGGCGUCGACAAUUUCCUCAAGGGCUUCGAGUGGGAGAAGACUCCUCUGGGAGCAUUUGUGUCCGGACAGCGAAAGCAACGCGAGGAAAAGGCUAGGCUUCUGGAAGAGGGACGGAGAGAGGAGGACCGGAAGCGAAAGCUGGACCGCGAGAAGGAGAGGAACGUGGGGAGCGACGAGGAAAUGGAAGAUGCCGAGGAAGACUCGGAGGAAGACUCGGAGGCAGGGUUCCAGUCUGACGAGGAUGAGUAG